GCAAGUUUACUAGAACAAUCUGAUGGGGAAGAAGCAUCGUUGUGAUACACUUUUCAAGAGAGUGCAGUUUGGACUUUUAGCUAUGUAAAUCUGGUGGAUGUUUAGACAAGGCAAUAAGAUGAAGAAGUUCACUCUGGCACUGUUAGUCUGCAACGUUCUUGUCAUGUUACAAGGGAAGCCGUCGGAACCAGUGGCGUUAUAUCUUCAUACAGAAAAACGAAGCUGGAACGAGGCUAACCACGACUGCCAAAAAGACAACAUGCGAUUAGUCACUAUGAAAGAUAGUACUAAACAUCAGAUUCUCCAAGACAUUUAUGAUGAGUGGAAUUCACAGGGCCUUAUAAGUGGCGAUUUCUGGUUUGGUUUGUUCGAUACAAGUACAGGUAAUUAUAGUUGGACAGACUGUGAAGUGCUGGGAACCUGGACUUCGUGGGAUAGACGUGAACCAGACGUCCAAGCCACAGACAAAUGUAAUCGAAUACAGAAGGACUCUUUCAAAUGGAGGACCAGACAUUGUGCUAAAGAGUUCAACUACAUUUGUGAAAUUGCAUUAGAUUGCUGCUGGUACGACACAUACCCACGUAAGACGUUGACGGGAAGUUUGGUUAGUGCAGGAAUCAUGAACCUCCCCGGAUGUAAGAACCAUUGUCUGACUAAAGACGUGCCAGAUGAGGAGUGUGCGGCCUUUACCUUCACGGGGGAUGAUGAAUGUCUGCUGUUGAUGAGGAACAAGCUGUUUCUAGAAAAUGAUACCGUUCCUGGAAUGGAGUUCAACACGCCCAGUGUUUCUGGAAUCAAGCGAUGUUUUGUCUAUUAUUCGACAAACACCAAUUCGAGGUAUGUUGAUUCUGGUCAGUUCCCUAACUUUACCUGUCCAAUUACUCCACCAGCACCGACCCAAUCAUCGUCACCAGAGUUAUGUUCCCUGAGUCCGUCAUCGCUUUGCGCCUCCUCGUCAUCAAUUGAACCAAGUCUUCUGUCCACACCGUCAACUGUUUGUUCAGAAUGCCUGUGCAACAACACAAUUUCAGUCAGAGGUAUUAAUGACACAUCAGGCACCGGAUACGCCAGUGAACUAAUUCUGAACAAAGCCAACCUUUCGUCGCACCGCCGGAAGUUGACGUCAGCAAAGGAUAGCCGACCUAGCGCUGUUAUGCUUGGCACAUUUGGCUGCGGAAAUAUAGCGUUGUGUUUCGUCAUACUUGUCAUUCUGGACUGUAGUAAUCUGGUGGAGUUAUUUCAGUCGAUCAUCCACAGUGAUAGAUUUAUAAAAGAUGUAAACAAAUAAGACAUCAAGAAGAUUUUUAUUUGUUGAAGUUUUGGAUGCUUGGGUGUAGACAGGUUACUUGGAGUG